AUGUCAGAAGAUUUUAUUAAAAUUUCACUAUUAAAAGCAGAGAAACUUUUUCAAUCUCUGGGAAGUUUUUCUUCCUUCCUUCUUAAUAAGAUUUUUGAUGACUUAAAAAGUUCGUUCCCUAUUGAACAAUUAGAUUAUAAAAGGCAAUUUCAAUGUUGUGCUUUGGUGCAUAAAAGUACAGAAAGUUUGGGUUGA